AUGUCUACCUCCAAAUCUUCCUUUCAUCCUGUUCUUAUUGUCUCCAACAUCAAGAACCAUGUUCCCAUCACUCUUGAGAUGGAGAAUGUCCAAUAUUCCACUUGGGCGAAACUAUUUAAGAUUCAUGCACGAUCCCAUCGGGUAAUUGAUCAUAUUAUUCCUCCGGCGGCAGGAACGGAGAAACGGCCUCAACAGGAGGAGGACAAAGAACUGUGGUCCACCCUUGACGCCACCGUUCUCCAAUGGCUCUACGCUACUAUCUCUCAUGAUCUGUUGCAUACAAUUCUGGAACCUGACACCACGGCGAUAGAGGCUUGGAAUCGCUUGCGUGAUAUCUUCCAAGAUAACAAACACUCUCGUGCUGUCAUCCUUGAGUACGACUUCACUCAUGUCGACAUGGCCGAUUUUCUCAAUGUCUCUGCCUAUUGUCAACAUCUCAAAUCUAUCAGAAUAUAUUACCAUAUAUUCUAA